AUGGGACACAGUGUACCUCCGCUCAACGACCCUUCGCUGUUCAAGCAGCAGGCCUUUAUCAAUGGCAAAUGGGUUGAUGCAAAGUCGGGCCAGACCUUCGACGUCUAUGACCCGGCAACCCACAAGGCCAUUGGCAAGAUGCCCGAGAUGAGCAGGGAAGACGCUCAACUCGCCAUUGACGCUGCCGCCGCCGCCUUCCCCUCGUUCCGCAAGACAACAGCAAGAGAAAGAUCGAAGAUGCUGCGCAAGUGGUACGACUUGAUGGUUGAGAAUGCCGAAGACAUCGCAAAGCUCAUCACAUGGGAGAAUGGAAAGCCAAUGGCUGAUGCAAAGGGCGAGGCCACAUAUGCUGCAAACUUCUUCGAGUGGUUCAGCGAGGAAGCUCCCAGAGCGUACGGCGAUACCAUCUCCGCCACCGUCGCCGGCAACAGAGUCUUCACCCUCAAGGAGCCUGUCGGUGUUUGCGGUCUGAUUACUCCAUGGAACUUCCCCGCCGCCAUGAUUACCAGAAAGAUUGGCCCUGCUUUGGCUGCCGGCUGUACAGUCGUCGCAAAGUCUCCUGGUGAGACUCCCUUCACGGCCGCCGCUCUGGCUGAGCUCUCAGUUCGCGCUGGAAUUCCUCCUGGUGUCGUCAACAUCAUCACAGCCAUGAAGAACACUCCUGAAGUCGGUGAGGCUAUCACCUCUUCCGAUAUCGUCAAGAAGGUUUCUUUCACUGGCAGCACUGGAGUCGGCAAGCUCCUCAUGAAGCAGUCAGCAGACACCCUCAAGAAGCUGUCUUUCGAGUUGGGUGGCAACGCUCCUUUCAUCGUCUUCGACGACGCCGAUCUUGACGUUGCUGUCAACGGCGCUAUUGCUUCCAAGUUCCGCUCUUCUGGUCAGACUUGCGUUUGUGCCAACCGUCUCUACGUGCAAAGAGGUAUCUACGACAAAUUCGCCGAAGCCUUUGUUGCAAAGGUCAAGGACUUCAAGGUUGGCCACGGCUACGACGAGGGCGUCACUCACGGCCCUCUCAUCCACGACCGUGCCGUCAGUAAGGUCGAGGCUCACGUUCAGGAUGCCGUCAAGCAGGGUGGCAAGGUUCUCAUCGGUGGUCAGAAGCUUCCCGACCUGGGCGACAACUUCUUCCAGCCCACAGUCAUUCGUGACAUGACAUCCGACAUGGCCCUCGCUCACGAGGAGACUUUCGGUCCUGUGGCCGGCUUGUUCCCCUUCGACACUGAGGCUGAGGUCGUGAAGCUUGCCAACGACGCUGAUGUUGGUCUUGCUGGUUACUUCUUCUCGCGUGACAUCCAGCGUGUCUACCGUGUAGCCGAAGCUCUUGAGGUUGGUAUGGUUGGUGUCAACACUGGUCUCAUCAGCGACCCGGCCGCGCCGUUCGGAGGUGUCAAGCAAUCAGGCUUCGGACGCGAGGGUUCAAAGAUUGGUAUCGAUGAGUACAUGGUGACCAAGAUGGUCACUCUGGGUGGCAUGGGCCAACCGCUGCAAGGAGAGUAG